AUGGGUGAAAACGAACAAACAUCACAAGCAUUACACAUGCCUUACGGAAAUUCUAAUACAUCAAAUGAAACCAUUUUUCAUGCUGUAUAUAUACCUGAAGAAAAUAUUGAUUCUUCAUCAGAAAACACUAUAAAAGAAAACAUUCGAGUAUAUCAAGACAAAACAGAAGCUUUAAAAGUAAUUAAGGAAUUUAAAACUGGUCGUCUAAAAUCAUUUAAGAAACAAUCAGAAGCUGAAGAAUAUGCUAAAACUGGCUUUGAAAAAACAAACUAUGUUAAUAAUACUUCAAUACCUGCAACAGUACCUGUAGUAGAAGAAAAAUCAAAUAAUUUUAAAGCUCCACGAUCACAAGAGCUUGUAUGCUUUAGAAAAUUAAUUAAAGAUGGAGAUUUAUGUGCUGUAAAAACUACAGUAUGGGGAAAUCCACGAUAUUUAAUUGGUAGUGGAGAUACACCUGCAAUUUUGCAAGAAGGAUGCCGUUAUAAUGCAUUACACAUUGCAGUCAGAGCAGACAGACCAGAUAUGUGUGAAUUAUUAUUAAACACUGUUGGAAAUGCAGACUUCAUAAAGUUACUUUAUGGUGAUGAAUACAGAAGUUAUGUAGAUCGUGCACAAAUUAUGUUAGACUUGUAUUUAAAUACACCUGACAAAGGAUUGAAUGAAACUCCAUUACACUUUGCAGUUAAAUUUGGUUUAAAAGAUGUAGUUCGAGUUCUUAUUUCAUAUCCGUGUUGUAUAAAAACAAUACCAAAUAAAUAUAAACAAUUACCAAUAGAUAUAAUCUGUAGUAGAACAUGUCAAGAAGAUGAAAAGUUAAAAAAAGAGAUACGUUUGCUACUAGAAGAUCAGUAUUAUGUACCUGUAUUAAGAUCAGAUGAUAAUUCAUUGCAACCUAUGAUUGGGGAACCUUUCUCUCCUACUAGUCCUUUGAGUUUGGUGACAGAUCCAAUUAGUCCACGUUUAGAAGUACGUGCAUUUGCUGGACCAAUGACAAAAUCUCGUGCAUUAGAAUUUAGAAAGAAGUGGAAAACACCUCCACGUCUUCGUAUGACUCCAAUUAAAAGAGCAACAGAUGAUGAGUGUAACAUGGUAGAUGCUUCUAAUAAUUUAGUUUUAAGACUACAAGAUGCAGAAAAGGGACUUGAACGAGUUGGCAGAAAUUUGGCAGAAGAGUAUCAGGUGUCAUGGAAGGAAUACUGGCCAUUUUUAAAUGAUUUUGCAGAUUUUCGUACUACAGAAGGUUUAAUGAAACUGGAAAAAUAUUUAGAACAUAAAUUCCAGGAUCAAUUGUUUCAUUAUUAUCGUCAGAUUUCAAAUGAAAACAUGACUAAUUUUACUGAAAAUUCAAAAACGGAAUUACCAGCACUUGAUGAAAUAGACUAUUUAUGCAAUAUGUUACAGCCAUGUUCUUUGUUCAUAUCAAAUAAUCAGGAUGAAAAUAAUGAAGAUGAAGUAGAAUUUUUUACACCACCAUCAUCACCACAUUCAACAAUUGAUAGUUCUGACGAUGAAAUGCAAAUGGUAUUUUCUUAAUAAAAUAACUAUUUUUAUAUAAAUACAUUACAAUUAUCAGUUCCAACACAGUUAGAUUAUGCUGUUUAUAAUGCAGUAUCAACAUCAAUUAACUCUACUACAUAUCCAAAUAUUUAUCAUUGGCAACAUAACAUGCAAGUUGCUAUGCAACGUGAUAUACAUAGAACAAAUAAUACACAAACAAUUAGAAGAAAAUUGAUCUUGACUUCCUAG